AUGAAUGAUAUUAAAGAGGAAUGGUAUCCAUACUGUCACCAGUCUCUCGCAAUCAUAACCAUCAUGGCGGAUUCUUCGAACAACACAGUGCAAAUUGAAACAGUGUCAAAAGGGGUGGCAAAGAGAAAGUAUUUGCUGCUGGAUGAGGAUUUAGAGGACUUGAAAUACCAGUUGAAAGAUAAUCCUGUAAAUAAAAGUUAUGGUAAGUGUAAAUGAGUAUUUAGGCUGUCAGACCCCUCUUCCAUGGAAACCCUUUGACGGAUUCAUUUUCUGGAUCUCUAGGAUUUCCCUUUUAUUCCAAUUUCGAACCUAUCCUCUUUCAGCCGCCAUGAAAAUAUUCAAAUUAUCAGAAGUGGAAUCUGUUGCUAUAAGAAAAUGGGGGAGUAUGGAAAAACUUGAAGCUGAACAAGAGAAGAGGAAACAGCAGAACUCUAAGUUGGAAAGAAAAAACGAAGAGGAGAAAAGACAUUUCUGGGACAACGAAGAAAUAUUUAAACCUCUUGAGCAUUUCAUGGUAAACCUAGAACUUCCGGAAGAACGUGUUUCCUGUUAUUUUAGAGAGAAAAUUGAUGACAUUCUUGGUGAGUGUUAGAAUUACAUGUUAAAAAUGCAUGGUUCAAUUUGACCUGCAACCAUGCCCCCCCCCCCGGGCAUACCCCCCGGGGAUUUGCAAGAUUUUUUCUUUCUUGGUGGUCUAUUCCCCACCCUCGGGCAUGUAGGAAGAGCAAGUCCCACUCCUGAUCGACCUCAUAUAAGUUUUAUAGGUGCAUCUUUUUGAAAGCAAUAUUGAUUUCCGUACAAAGGAGAAGUUUUCAUAACUUUUAUAAACAUUUUCUAGAGUUUAUUGAGAGAAGGAUACUACUGUCAUAAUCUAGGUAAAACGUGACCAAUAAAUUUGAAAACAGAAAAGGAAGAAAAAAGCUCUGUUUUUAUCGACUCCUUGGUAGAACACUUCAUAAGGACGCUCUUGACUGAAUCUCUGUUUAUUUAUGUUUAAAUAUUUUACACUUAAUGUCCGAUCCUGAGGGAAACAGUUAGUUUUGUUUUCCCGAGAGUCCUGAUGUUUCCCAAGAUGAAGUCGAGGGAAACAUCAGGACUCAAGGGAAAACAAAACUAACUGGGUUCCCGAGGGAUGUGACGUUAAGUGUUUUGUUAGAUUUCUAGACUUUCACUUCAACAGCAACAAUAGAUUAACUGGAGCGAACCAAAACAGUUGACUCAGUACUUAAAACAACACAAAUUUAAUUCUCAAAACCACUGAAUGAAUGAUUUACAAAGUACUUUCCUUAUAUUAUCUGCAUCUUUUUCCUCCACUACCUGCUGUUUCUCUUCUGGGAUAGCUUAAAAAUCGUUACUUUUUAGCUUGAGGCUUCGUGUUUGUGCUGUUGUGUUCAUUCACGAAAAGAAAAUUGGCAGUGUUUUUCCUAACAUUCUGUCACACCACUUUCCACCAUGCUUUGAUCACUUGCUGUAAAUUAUGUAUCCCAUCAGCCGGGUACAUUGCUUAAUGUAUCAUGAUCGGGAUACAUUUGAUUUUAGUCAAGUCCACAUGACCAAGAAUCAAUCAAUGGCAGUCCCUGUGAAGUCUAGGAAAUAAUAUAACAAUGAUAAGUUAUUCCCCUUCAACCACUCUCCAACAAAUUCCUGCAUUUUCCCUUGAAAAUACGUAGUGUUGAGGUCCGCAACCAUUGUGAAAACUGCACGAGAAAUCACAAGUACUUUGCAAAAUCAAAGAGAAGAUAUUUGUGAUUUGCCUCACCCCCUCAGUCCCACCUAAGGAAGCAUGGGUUUGAACACAUGCCCAUGGUUCUUUUCUUGCACUUCAGUUUUAAUAAUCCUUAUAUCAGAAAGAUUUAUCGCAUUUUGGAUUAGCUAGGGAGGCCAAGGUUAGGCAAAGGGUGUGGCAGGGGAGGAGGGGAAAUGAGAGGGAAGAGAGGGUGUGAAAAAAAAGUUGAUAGAGAAAGAAAGGGAACAAGGAGAGAGUGUCAUGCCUAUAAUACUGUACAGGGAGGUUUUUUUUCAGGGGCCCCCUUUUUAAAUCAGGCAACACAUGGAUGGCAAUGUUUUUCUACAAGUCAGAUAUCAGCCGUUAAUUUUUAUUCGCAAGCUAAUAGUAAUACACAACAAGAAUGCUAAUCCUGCAUAUCAUGAAUAGUACCAUGAGUUGUGGAAGUUUGGUGUUUAUAAUCUUGAUAGGGUGCUCAUUUGUCUUACAUGACAACUUUGAAGCUUUUGCUUUUACUCCUAUGGUAUGAAAUUAUUAAAUCAGAGCACUGAAAGAGAAAAAAGAUGAACUUUUUGACAUUCAAGAUAUCAAUAUUGUUACUGCUUACAAUGUGUUAGUUUGCUAUUAUUUUGGGUCAUAUAUUCCAAAUGUGUUAUGAAGAGGAUGCUGUGUCAUCAUGACAUACCAUUUGUUUAACAGUAGCUAAUCAAAGUUUCAGUUCUAAAUGCUUUCAAUCUCAAACUUCCUAAGAGACCACACACUGCUAUGUUUCUUCCUAGAACCCAGUGCAAAAGAUGAAAGCCUCAUUGACUGUGAUGUAAUCCUGUGUUUUUGUGACUGCCUUCAUAAUAUUCCUCCUGACUGUAGGUAUACUAGCUGAACAACAUUGAAAUCAAUUGUGCCCAAUAAUAAUAACUAUUAGAAAGUAGAUAAUAAAUAAAUUAUUAUUAUGUAUAUACCUACUUGUAAAAACUAAUGACACAGUAAGACAAAUUAAUGCAGGGUCCAUGAUUUUCAUAGGAAUAUAUGAUUUUCCACAGUUUACAAAAAUUCAUAAGUGGUGUAAUCAUUUAUGAAUGGCAAGGAGAUGCUGAUCUGAUUUUCCAAAUUUUCGAAAUUCCCAGCAGUCACUAAUAUAGAAGUGAUCUAGGUUUCCUGAAAGAUGAAGUUUGGGAAGUGAAAGGAAUUUUGUUUUCUUUCUCUUCCCUGCCCUUCUUUUAACUACUUUCUAGGCAAAAUACUUUGCAAAACAAUGGACUGAACACUAAGCAAACUGAUGAUAAUAAUAAUAAUUUAUUAUUUGUUUAAAUUUUUUUUUGUUUAAAAUUUUUUUUUUCAUGAACGCACCAAGAACAAAUCCAGCUAGUGGUCAGGGCAGGACUUGAACUUGUUGUUCUACCGAAUUACAAGUCCAGUGCUCUAACCGGUCUGCCACACUGCCCCCAUAACGUGUAUUUCCCAACAUAAAAAUUGUACUGCACGCUAACUUUAGCAAAAUAAUUUUAUGUGCUUUAACAAAGUCUGUAGUCAGCUAAUUAACUACACUGUGUAAUAUUACUAUGUUUCAGUUACGGCUCGCAGAAUAUUCAAAGAGUUUCCAGAGGCAAGACAAGUUGACAAGGAGACACCUUAUAAUGAAAGACGAAAAAUGGGACAUUUCUCUUGGACUAUAAGCAAGUCAUUAAACAAACUCAUUGUGAAUUUUUACGUGGUGCAUAAAGUAUGUAUUUUUAAUUACUAAAAAUUUAUACUUUUAAUAAAGACGCCAUCAGCCAUAAGUUCAAUGAAAAGAACCCUCAGGGUUUGUAAUAAGCGAACUAUACGUGUAUGCAGUCAUGAACCUUCCAUAAGGUACAAGGUUCUCCGCAAGCAGCUGGUGAAAAUCGCCUUCUAGUCAUCAUAGAAGCACCUGUCACUAGCAGAAUUUUUACGUUGCAUUUGUUUGUUCAUUUAUUUUUUGUGGCUAAAAACAAACAUGUGAUAAUAAAGCAGAUGUGAGUGAAAGGUGGUCAUUCAAAAUGCACUGAAAUACUCUUUUCCGGGCCCCCAAAUUAAAAUGUUCCAGGAGGAAACUCCUAGACUCCCCCUACAGUGAAAGGGGGCGACCAAUCCUAUACCUACCCCCACACGUGGCUGCUCUGUGGGAAACAUGCUGUGACCCUUUUGAUCUGAUCUAUUACUGCAUACUUGAUUUUUUUCUCCAUAAGUUUUUUGGAGAACCCUGAUAAGCUAAGGGACUACCCAAAAUGUCAAAAGAUUGGUAGGCGGUUUGUGGGCGGCAAAAAAACCUGGAUUGGAUCAACCCCCAGUAAGGUACUAAAUGACAAUAGGUAGGCGAGAUAGGAUUAUGGCAGGGGUUGAUCUAAUCAAGGUUUUGUGGAUGCUGGGCUUUGGUGGUCAUUUACUAGAGUCAUGGACCAACAGGGUGUCUCUAUCAGUGAAACCUGUCUGACACAAAUACUCAUUCAGAGACAGUUUAUGGCAUAAAACUUCGGAGUAACCAGAUAAGCAUUGGCAAAUUCAUAUACUCAAUUCACAUGUAUAGUUCAUACCGAGAAUAAAGGGGAAUCAGAAAUAAAACAAACAAGCCUCGCUGUCUCCAUUUAACAUUAUUGUUCAUCAAAGUGGAGGUUCACACUAUCCAGUUUGCAUCAUAAGCCACCGCAAGUGGUGGCUUAUGGGAGGUUAGCUUAGUGACUAACAGUACACGCACAAUGUGCCUGUGGUGUGUUUGGGCAUAUUUAUAGGACAAAAUAUAGAGUUACAGGCGUGUGCCCCAUGAGUCAGGACUAAUGAGGAAAGAUCUAGGGGUACUUUUCAUUUACAUGGAAAACAAGAAAUUCCGGUCUGAAAAUCAAAUGGUUCAUGCCAUUCCCAUUGGGAGGCUUCAGAAAAUAUGGGCUCUGAUUUGAGGCAAAUCAACUUUUCAGCUCUUUUUAGCCUCUUCAGCUGAUUUUGAUAUACUUUGUGGUGGUUCGUUCUUCCACUCGUCAAAUUGUGUAGUUUUAUGUUUAUGCACAAGAUUUCCACCUGGCUGGUUUUUUGUAAAUGUUAAGCACCCCUAAUUUCCAUUGCUCCGUGUUUUAUGGUCUGUAUUUAAAGUUGUAUUUAGAUCAUGUUGAAGCUUUUGAAAGUGCCUUUUGUUUGUUCCCCUCCAUAGAUGCAAAGUGUUGACACAGACCUUGAUGCUGAUGUUUUGUUUAAGGUCUUAAUUUUCUUUUUUUUUUUCUAUUUUCUCCAGUGGAAACGCUUAUCUCAUAGACAGGCAUCAACAAUGAUCAACUUUGAUGCCCUCAGCAAUGGGUUACGAAGAUUCUCAUCUUUAUUGUCUAAAACACUCAAGAAAAAUGGACGGCAACCAAACAGUUUAUUGAUUGGGACGUAUGCACCAUAUAGAGUGAACUCUGAAAAAUGUAAGUUGUUUUACUUUUCAGUAUACGGUAUAAAUCAGCUGUGUUUUAAAGCGGAACCCGGAACUUCCUUAAAACGAAGACCUUGUUACAAUGAACAUUGCUGGUCGCCAGUUGGAGUAAAAUAUAUGGGACAAGAUCUCGAUGUAGCGUGUAGCUUUGACUCAAGGCCCUGAAGGAAUAUUUAAGACAGCAGAAAAUAACCACAAAAAAUACGUUCAAUAAAACUACUGGUAAAUGGAUGAGUUUUAUGCAGGAUAAAUUGUUCAGAGGAGCAUGUUUCACCAAUGUUUCGGACGUUGCUUACUGCAGACUUCAUAAGUUACGAAGUUUACAAAAGUUUGCAAAACUAUUUGAACGACACUUGCAUGAGCUUAAGCUUGCAUUUUGUACAUGUGAAUGAAACUCGUUUAGAUGCUCAUGGCGUUCUUUUCUCUCUCUCUUUUAGUCACAAAAAUGUUAUCAGAUAAUAUGGAGCAUCCUGUCAGAAUCUUUACCAACGUCAGAAAAGACGCAAAAACCUCGAAAUAAAUAAAUGGACCUCAAAUAUGUAGCCUACUGGGAGAAUGCGGAAAAAUCAGCUAUUUGUGUUAGUUAUAAUGGUUAAAACAUAGUUCAGUUGUGUUUGAGACUUUCGUCUCAUAUUGAAUUGAUUAAAAACUUUCAUCGAGAGCGUACGUCAACCACAUUGCUUGUGUCAAUUGAAACUAAUAGGUGAACAUGUUAUUAUUACCUCCAUGUCGCCUGCAACUCUUAUUUCUUUAUUUGUCUAAUUCGUUGAUUGUCAGUCACGAUUGUACAGCCAUGGUCUUCAUAACAACUACAAAAAUUCAAUUUUGGGCCACGUAAACGCUAACGGGAAAAAUUCUACUAUCAUGGUUUUGGCCAUUUUAAACCUCGUAAAACAAUGACAUGUCUACACUAAACAAUGACAUUUUCAAAAGGUCCUGUUUACAUGGAGGUAGGGGACCCUAGGAAGGUGAGGUAACCGUACAGGUGUCCAUAUAAUCUCUCAUUUUAAUUUGAUCACGUUUACAUGGUAGGUGGGGUGACCCGCCGCAUUUUACCUUACCUAUCUGUGGUCCCCCUCCUCCAUGUAAACAGGCCCUUAGACUAUGUCUAAACUAUCUCGUAUAGUUUAUCAUGUCGACAUGAACAGCCAUCCGGUCAGUAUGGUAUGAAAACUGUUUACACUGCAGUGGCAGAUCCAGGGCAAGGGCCCGGGGGCCCACCCCCCUGGUAUAUCAGGGUCUGGAUGACCCCCCCCCCCCCUCCCCCUAUCUGAGGGUCUGUAUCCGCCAUUGCUCUGCGCCAGAGAGUGGCACAGAAACCAGUAUCCGAUAUGUGGCGAUCCACUUUCAAGAUCAACGCGACGCAGCUUCGCUCCGUUACAGAACCUGCGCCGAAAUCACUGUGUGAAGAGAAGCCUUAUGAAGCCUUAUCCGAUAUGGUUUUCGUGCCAGUGCAAAAGCUAUACCGUAUUGGGUAUUGGGUUUAACUGGGUAUGGUAAUAUAUGAUAACGAGUCUGAAACAAUGAAAAAUAACAUUUAAACCAAGCAUAAAAUUGAACCACAACAUAGACAUAGCCUGAGGGAAAAUCUCUUUAUGAAGUUGAUUUUUAAUAAUGGAAAUUUGAACUUCGUUGAUAAAGAUUUUUCGGUUCCUCAAUCUUAGCACGGCUCUUCAGAUAAUUUCCUGUAAGUUGGCUUUUUUUUAUGAUAUAGGGUUUUAAUGAAUUCUAGAAAUCAAAUGGAAGAUCGAAGGGCCUCUGCUCGUAGGAUACGUGAGCUGCAAUUUUUGGGAAACAUGAGAGAGGUUCAAUUGUGUCCCUCAAUAGAGAGGAGAAGUGUGACGUCACGUUACCAUGGUAGCACUAUUUCUAUCACAACUUUGCACGUGCAUCACGCUAUUUGUACAUUUCUUUGCUGUCGUUGCACCACUACGAUAUGAAACUUCCUACUUUGAAGAGCCCGCUUUAUGGAGUAGGUGAACACAUACAAAAAUUGUCGCUUUCUUUUUCUUAACUUAGAUAACGAUACAUACGGUCGUAAAGAAAAUUUCGUAAAGAUUUGACAAAUUAAAUGAAAUUGAAGAUCGGUGAAGUUUAAAAUAGUGCGAAUAGACUUUUGAGUGACCUUUUCGGUUUUUUGUCAUCCCAAAUUUUUGCUACCAUGGCAACGUGACGUAAGGACUUCUCCUCUCUAUUGGCCAAACACAAUGUUUGUAAGUCCCUUCCUAAAAAAGGCUACAUGAUUGCUCAACACACCCCAUCCAGUUAACACUUCCUGUUAUAUAAAAAGAUUCACACAUAAGUGAAAAAGAAUCAUAAAUUGGAUAUGUAAUAGUUUUGUUCGGGAAUACGUAGCGGUGCAGUGUGUUUGCGGUACAUGUACAAGAUUGGACUCUCCAGAGCAGAUACAAUUCGGAAACUGUAAAGAAUUCCUUAUAAGUGAGAGGAGCCUAUCCAGGUAAAAAUCUUAUAAGGCUGGCAGAUUAAACUCAAACUUUUCAUGUGCCGAAUAUAAUCGUUAGAUUCGGCAUAUAAAGAGAUCGGGCCUUAGUCGGUUGGUAGCGAGGAAUUUGUUUAUCCUUUUAUGAGGAAUUCUGCUCAUUAGUGGUUAAAUAGCUGGUAAAGAUGGGUUUAUUAAAAUCAGUGCGGUCGCAUAUUUUUCCGCAAAAGUUUCAGCUAAAUGUCCCUCUAAUCACUGCAGGAAAUCAAUCUUUUCUUUGCGCAUUCAAGUGUUUGUUUUUUUGAGGACUCUAUUCGUCGUCAUUUGUUUUACUGUUUAUCAUUCUGUAUUUAUUUUUUAGAGCCAAGAUUUUUAUCAGGUGUAUAGUUGCGUCAUGCUUUCCGUUUUAGUUCAGGUAUUGAUGCGAAAGAUUCUUUGCUGUGCAAAAGUUAACUGUUUAAAUGAAACAAAGAGAAGAAAACGAUUUGGGUUCGUGAAUUAUUUAGAUGGCUUCUUAAGUCUAUAACCAUCCACUGUUUGCAUAAGACCACUUCUCCUUAAGUAACAAAACAUAGUAAAGUAGAACCUCGAUAUAACGAAGGGCCAAGCGGUCUGGCAAAAUAUGUUCGGUAUGAAUGAGUGUUCGUUUUAUCAAGGUUAUUUUCCAUAUAUUUACUAUUACUGGCCGGGGGGCGAAGAAUAUCGUUCUACUGACUUUAUACCGAGGACUUCGCCAUAAGGAGACUCGUUAUAUCAAGGUCUUACUGUUUCGUGAACUGAUUAUUUUUGGAUGAAUUUGAGUUCAAGAAAUUCUGCUUGUUGGAUUGAUCACUAUUUAUAAGGCUCGACUAAAGUAGCAACUUUUUUUAACUGUUCUAGUUCCAUCAGUGGAAUCCCAGUGCACUGUUUACAUUCGUAGCAAUAGACAUAACACGCCUUACGCUCUGAAGGGAACCUGAUGGUUGACAAGUUCCUUUUGUUAUGUAACUUAUAUAUUUUGUUACUGUGGUAACUGAGUAUAAUGCGUCCAGGAGGAGCUGCUGAUACGGCAAAUUCUGCUGAAGUCAUCUUCUCUAGUCGUUUUUCAAAACUUAAUAUAGUUGUAUUUUUGUGAGAGAGUUGCUUCCUAAGGUGUAGUGUGAAGUGAUGGCCACUUGCAGUAGGAAGCCAAGACGACUCAUCACCAAACUAAGGGCUUAUUAACACUUACAGCUUCCUUGUUCUAAUUGUUUCUGACCUUCGCUAUUGCGCAGCUACUUGUGACGAAAGUUCAUUGUCCGUUGCUCUUUGUUUUUCUUACAGUGUUUUUUUCCUACUAAUAUAACUUCCAUUACUUGUUCGGCUUCCACUACUUCGUACUAUCAUGAACACACCAGUAUGUCCGAAAGUCUUUUGCACAUCUUUUUCUUCGUAGUUAAUAGAAUCUAUAUUGCAAAGGAACUUUACCAUGCUGCAAUUUCAUCACAUAAGUUUUUACACCUUUCGGGAAAACUUACCUUAAUCCAUGUCGCUGGAAAAACAGUUUCCGACUGCAAUAAAAGUAAACAAUGAUAGCGCUGUUAUUCAUGAUUCCGAAACCAAGACUGAUGGUUUAACGACAGAUUAUUUGAGGGAAACCAAUGUCAACUUGGAGGACAAAAUGUUCCAGCAGUAAAGUUUCUGAUUUGCGCAAAAUCACACCCGGAACUUACUUUGUGGGACAAUGAUAAGUUCUGUUUGUUUGAAAACUCAAUAACUUUAUACUGAACUAAGUCGAUAUUUUAAGUCAAUAAUCAGACACUAGGGCCAUUUAUACGAGGAAAAAUAAGACGCGUCUUACAUAAGACGCGUCUUAAAUAAGACGCGAACUGUACCAUUUAUACGAGCAUGUCUUAUCUAAUAAGACGCGUCUUAGCUAAGCCGCGUCUUAUUUUAGACGAAAUGUGCCGUGUAUACGGAAAGUUCGCGUCUUAUUUUUCCUCGUAUAAAUGGCCCUACUGUCUACGACCAAUGUAGAGUUAAGGGCUAUAAUGCGUAAGAUUGUGCGUGGGAAAAGAAAAACAGUUGACUUCCUAUAUACUAGGACUUCCUAGCUAAAUGUCCUUCAAGGUCAAUAACUCGUUGAUUAAUAGAUAGUUACCAAUAUUUAGGAAGUUAGAAGUUUCCAGAACCUAAAAAGCUUUCUACACAAAAGUGACGCAUUUAGUCUUGUAACAGUACGAGCAAUGACUUGCUAUUGAAAGCUAAUUAUAACUGUGAUUUAAAAAAUGAAUAUUGUUAUUUAGACAUUUCCGCGUCUGCUACCUUGUUUAACCCUAAGGGUGGGUUUCUACUGUCACGAAAUUUUUACUUUCAUGUACACGCACGUAAAUUUUACUCGUUGAUUUUCGCUCAACUUCACGUUUAAGCUCAACACUUUGUAUCUUGCCUCUCUUUUAUUUACGUGAAUAAAUUUUACGUGCAUGUACACGCACGUAAAAAUUACUCGACGGUAGAAAUGCACCCUAAGGGGCUGAUUACAUGAACCGGGCAGGCUCGCUUUGCCAAGAACUCGGCGCGUUAGUUAAACGCAGCAAAAAUCAACUUUGUGAUACAUGACAAACGAGCCAGUCCUGUUAGCUGGGAUUAUACCGAGAUCCCGGCUAACUGGGCUGGAAAUUUUCCAUGUAAUAACGCUCGCCUGGUCAGCCCGGGGAACCAAACCAGCAACAGGACAGCGGAUAACACAAUGCGCAUGUGCAUGUGCAUGCGCAUUGCUUCCAAUCUCUUUGUAAACAUGACAUUUCUUCAUGUAACACCAGGAUAACAGUUACCUCCAGCACGGAAAAGCGAGUCAGCCUGGCAAACGGGCCAGCGGGCCAGCCCGGCUCAUGUAAUCAGCACCUAACAGUUAAUUCUUCAUCUCUUCCAUCUCUUCUCUCCCUAGUAUAAGCGAAAGGUUUUUUAUUUUUCAAAUCCGUGAUGUGAGAAUCGCGGGGUGGUGCUGCGCCUGACAAUGGACCUCUGGUCCUAAGGAUCUGGGAAAAGAAACAUUCUUUAAGUUUAGUCUCGAAAAGAGAAUGCUCUUUCCUUCUUUAUGUGUACAUUCUGGAAGAACUUUAUUAUGUGAACGGGCGGCUAAACACAUUAGUUUGGGUCACUCAGGUUUUGUGCGGGUUAGGUACUGUUUUUGCGGACGUAAUUGCCAUGAAUGUUUCAGGGUUUAGCAGCGCAAGAAACAAAUGAUUUCUUUUAAUUGAAUCAGGUCAAAUACACUUUGCUUCCCAGGUGGCAAUUUUUUCUUCGGAAACAGGUGUUUCAUAGUUAAGGCAUCUUCAGAAAAUUGAUGUCUUCACAACAAGUUUUUCCUAGCUUAGCCAGAUACGAAGCAGGUUAAUAAGGAAGAAACUAUUUUUUUUCUCUACAGGAUCGUUCAGACACUGAAAUGGCCAGAUUGCCAAACCGGCCUCCCUCGGUUUGCGCGCUGUCACCCCAAGAACUCUCAUACGAAACAGUUGAUGUUGACAAAGUUUACAUCCCAACUCAUGCGCUUUUGAUCGCCGAAAACGAGUUGAUAUUUCUUGCGAUCGCGAGCAUUUUGAAAGAUCGAAAGGCUGUGCUGAUUGCAGGGGCCGGGUAUAUCUACUUCGGAAAAAUCAAUUUCCGCCUUGUGUUUUUACUCAAAGCUCGAGGCGAGCCAUCUGCAGUUGUCCAGGCCAUCAAAUUACUCAAACCAAAAGCUGGAAUCUUUCUCGGGUUCGGGAAAUGUCCUCAUAGCAGGACGUACGAGAUCGGGGACGUGAUUGUGGCAGAAGCGAUAGUUCGAAAGAACCCCAAACUUGGAAAACCUGAAAGCCUAGCGUGCAGUGAAUGUUUGAUCAACGUUUUCGAAAAUGGCAAAUAUGGCUGGACACCGCCCAAGUACCGCAAACAAGCUGUCCAUGUUGGCAAAGUAUUUCAGAUGGGAGAUCUCACAAAGAAUGAGAAAACCAGUGCAGUAGCUGUGAAAACUUCGACGUUAGGUCAGUAUAGUGCUCACAAACAUAGACUUUAACAUAAAAGGCAUCGCUCACUAGCUUGCGCACCAUUCGAGAAUGAAAAAAUAAACUAACAGACUGUGACGAUCGUAACAAACAUUUAACAAUUUAUCGGAACACCGGUAGAAAAUGACACUGAUUGUUACAAACUUUAAUUUUUUACGGUUGACUUUUUUGCGACUGAAAGUUACAUUUUGGAGGUUUAACUGCCAAAGGAUCCCCAUUGAAGACCAUCCGUGACGGACAUAAUUUCUGUUUUAUGUCAUUACUUUACUGUUUACGUCCGUGUCACAGUCGACAGAACAUUACAGUCAUUACAUUGGCGGGGCAAACAAUCCCGUCAGCUUCACUCAUGUUCUUUAAGAACCAUUAAUACAACCCUUUGUUAAGACCUUGUCGGUAUGCUAUUGCAAUGUUACAAUCUACGCCUAUAUAAAUACCCUUUUCGAGGAACAACAACAACAACAAUCGCUAAUCAUAAUCGACCAGGCUAAUGAAAGUCUUAGCGCAGGAUUCAGCUGGGAUAUUUCGGUUUUAUACGUUCAUUGACAAUUUUGUUACUUAAGGUUCAUGGAGUUUUUGAAGAAGCUGUGAACCCCAUAAAAUGGAAGCGUGAAGAUGAUGCAAAAUAGCUUCAUUUAUAAAGUUGACAUGUUCUUUUCGCAGAUAUACUUGAAUGCUGCGAAGUCCUGGGAAAAGAAUGGAUCUCAAUUGUAGGCGUGAUUGGCACUCAGCGUUACCAUGGAAACUCUACUUGGAAGCAAUACGUAGCAGCGGUCUUGAGCUCACUGGUGAAUAAGGUGCUACAGGAUGACCAAGUGUUUGCAAUCUUAGGAGGAGAGUGUGGGGAGCCCACACGACACAGUCCCCUCCCUGGAAACCCUCUGCAAGAAACAGUUUCUCUUAAAAGUAAGCUGGGAUCAUUAAAUGGGUGUCAGCUCAACCUCUUUCCCAGGGUCUGGUUGCUGCUACUCUCCUUUUUUCCCAACCUCUUUUUAUGAUUAAUAUUUGUUUGACUCCCUGGAUAUUUGCGAUAAGUAAUUACUAAGGAAGAGUUUGAUAAAGGAUCUUUGUUGAACUCACGGUCUUAUUAGCUGUUCUCGUAAAUAGCUUCCUUCUGAAAUUAAUGCCUUCCGGCUUUGGAAGGCUACGAACGUUUAGCAAAGUUAGUUGAUAGUGAUUUCUUGAAAACAGUUAGCAGAAAAUAAUCGUUUUUGAGUCAUAAGCCAGGACUUUAAAGAAGAUGACACUGUUGCUAUGUUUCUAGUUAUUCCAGUUAAACGAGUUCAAACUUAAGGUGUGUAAAUUCUUUUCUUAGACUGACUGAAAUUGAUCGGGUAUUAUUUGAUGGCAUUAUUGUACUGUCGACUAGUUAACAGUGUGCGUGUUGUUUAAUCGAAGUAGUAUUGUCAGACACUUAAAAUACCACUUUCCAUCUUUUUACAGAAUUUCAGCUUACUGGUUCAGACUUGUCCCUCCAGGAGGGAUUGAUCCGGAGACAAGCAGAGAUGCACUGGACACAAGUGAAAGAUGCAUAUGAUAAAGGUUUCUUCCACCUACCAGGUCAACACAAAACCCAGUCAGACAUCUUGCUGCAAGAGGAGUUCAGUAUAACACCAACUAUUAAAUCACCAGUAGAAAAUAGCGAAGAAUUAACUGACAAGGCUAAUAGCUUACUGGCUAUACGGGUGCGUGAGCAAGCGUCAAACGACGUCUCGGCAGAUGGGAAACCUCCAUAUCUUGAAACAGGAAGUCGAGCACUUUAUAGGGAACCGAAUCGCGUAACUCUUCCACCCCUCCGCUCUUUGUCUACCGGGAAUCGUAGGACAUCUCUCCAGGAUAACCUGACGAGCCAUGCGCUAACGUGUCCCACGCUGACCUCCAGUAUGGCUGUUACCAUGCAAGCUGCAGUGCUUCCAAUAGGCGCCAACCUACAGACGCACGGCAGCUGCCUUGAAAUAAUCAGGAUCAAGACUGAGGAGAGGGCAACAGUGAGAAGACAAGGAGUAGUUCUCCCUUCCCUAACCCGGCAGAAGAAAAGGGUGUGAUGUGUAGU